CCCGACAUGACUCCAACUCUUACGAUCCGUAAUAUCACGUCAACCCCGCUUGAGCUGAAAGUAAUCGAACGGUACGAGAAAGCAGGUACAACAAGGAUAGCCAACGUGACCAGCACUUUCGGUCAUAUCACAGGAUUUGUUUCAAGAAGUGUCGGCAACAGCACUUCAUCCGUACCGUCAGCGCCUUCACUUGGGCUUCACGCCGAAAGCUUCAACCAGCAAGACGUUAGCAUCCGCAUCGAACCUUUCCAAACCCAAACCACCGACAUCCCAACCACAGAGCGAUCGUCCACUGAAGUCCUCCGCCUGACCUUCGAAAGUCAUGGCCAAAGAUACCGCCUGGACGCCACAGCGGCCACAAAAUCCCAAUCGUUCACUCCGUUAGUCGCAGACCCUCAACACCAAUACACGGGCAUCUUUGUCCCCGAAGACUCCCACCUCACUAUCUACUCCCCCAUCAACCUCACCUCCUGGAUGAAAGAUCUCAAAGACUCCACGCCCCUCUCCGCCCUCUCCAUCCCAGGCACCCACAACACCCCAACCCACUACAAGGCCCUCCCCUCCGUCCGCUGCCAAGCCGUGUCCCCCAAAGCGCAACUCGAAAACGGCAUCCGCUUCUUCGACAUCCGCGUGCAGCCUGAGAACCCCGCCGACCCAGCCAACGACGCCCUCAUCCUCGUGCACGGCGUCUUCCCCAUCUCCCUAACCGGCACCAAGCACCUCCGCGCCCUCAUCACCACCACGCUCGCCUUCCUCGCGGCCAACCCCUCCGAAACGCUCAUCAUGUCCCUCAAACGCGAAGGCACGGGCGCCUCGACCGACGCCCAGCUCGCCACCAUCCUGCACACGCACUACGCCACCUCGCCCGCGCUCUGGUACACGGCGCCGCGCAUCCCCACGCUCGGCGCCGCCCGCGGCAAGAUCGUCCUCGUGCGCCGCUUCGCCUUACCCCCGGAGCUGCAGGCCCUCAACGACGGCCGCGGCUGGGGGCUCAACGCCGAGAACUGGGCAUACAACACGGCGCACGACACGCACGGCGACGUGUGCGUGCAGGACUUCUGCGAGGUGCUCGAGGCCGUCAGCAUCGACCGAAAAAUCGCGUACACGACCGACCAUCUCGCCGCCGCUGCCAGGACGGUGAGCCCGGUUCCGGGCGUCACGACGGAUCGGGAGAAUCCCGUGCCGCCGGGCCCGCUGUAUCUGAAUUUCCUGAGUGCGAGUAAUUUCUGGCGCACCGGGUGCUGGCCGGAGCGGAUUGCGGCGAGGUUGAAUCCGGCGGUGACGGGGUAUCUGUGUGUGAAGCAUGAUGUUGGGGGCGAGGGGGAUGGGGGCACGGGGGUCGUGGUGUGUGAUUGGGUCGGGGAAGGGGGGGAUUGGGAUUUGGUGAGGUGUAUUGUGGGGAUGAAUCGGAAGAUGGAGUGGAAGGAGGCGGAGGGGGGUAGGGAGGGGGAGAGGACCAAGGAGGGAGAGGAAGGCGGAGAUUCGUAG